AUGAUCCACAAGAGAUGCAUUUCAUUGCUCCUGUUGCUGCUGCUGCAGCACCUUGCCACCACCACUUCCUUUGUCCCCAGACACCGCGUCUUCGUACCCAAUCCAUCGCAGACAAGACAGCAGCAAGACUCUAUUGUUCUGUUGAGGACCAAAGAGUUGAAUGAUGACGACGAAGACGACGACGACGACAAUACCAAUGGCUCCUCUUCCAAAAAGACUCGUCGCGAACGCUUGGCGUCGUUUCUGCAACAACCAGACGACAUGAGACCAACAGUAUCGGAAUGGGCCGUCACGGCCAGACGACCCGAUAUUGAAGCCGGCCAACGGUAUCGAUCCCGCGAUUGGCUCAUCAACAUCCUGUCACUCCCCAAUUCCUUUGUCCUGAAACGAAUCAAAUUCCAUUUGGUCUCCAACACGUUGCUUAGUUUGUUGGUGGUGCUAGUGGAUCGUUACUGGGUGCGAUUGGGAAUUCCCGUCUUGGCGCAUACAUUGGUGGGAAGCUUUCUGGGUCUCCUCUUGGUCUUUCGCACCGACUCUGCCUACACGAGGUUUUGGCAGGCCCGUCAUUACUGGACUAAAACCAAGGAAACCUGUCGGAAUCUCGCCAUUACGGCAUCGACACAACUCAAAUACCAUUCCCCCAAAAGUGCCACACGCUUGUUGGAAUUACUCAUUGCCUUUCCCGAAGCACUGUGCUAUACGUGUUUGUGUGGCGCCAUGCCCUUGACCAAUCGACUCAAGCGCAUCCUGCCGGCACGCUUGCAAAAUGAUCCUGCCAUUUGUCUGUGCCUCAUGAUGCAACAAGAAUUGUUGGCAGCGGCGCAGGAAUCGCCCAGUUCUGGAUUGAAUAUCGUAGAGGCGCGAUAUCACAUGGAAGCAUCCAGUUUUAUUCAAACCUUGAUGGACACGACAACGCACUGUGAAAUGAUUGUGAGGACUCCGGUUCCCUGGAGUUACUCUCGGCACACGUCUCGGUUUCUGACAGUCUGGUGUGGAACACUACCCUUCGCGCUCGUUCAGUCAUUUGGGUGGUUGACAUUGCCCGCCGUAAUGGUAGUUAGUUGGUGUCUUUUCGGCAUUGAGGAGAUUGGUCACUUGAUUGAACAACCCUUUGUCAGCGAUGAUGUAGUAGUGUCCCAACGCUUUUUGAGUAAAUCGGACCGUAUGGAGCUUAAAGCCAAAGCCUACGAUUUGGGAAUCCCUGUAGAGCAAUUGGCUUGGUUGAUUUCGGGGCAGGUUGUGGAGAUUGCGUACGCGGCUUCGCAGUUGCCUGAAAUCCCCCUAGCCGAUGUCACAGUGGACGAUGAACAACUUGCUUCUUGA